AUGGCUGCCACUGCCGUGUUGCAAAAGAAGACCUUCGUCAGCGUGCAAGAGGAGGUGGCCCACCAGCGCCUGGUGCAGAACAAGUGGUAUCCGGGUGGCCAGCCCGUCGCCGCCAUCGAAGGGGAGGACGAGGUGCGCUUCCUAGGCGGUGACUGCUACGUGCCACGAUUGGUGGCCGCCACCGUGCCCAUCACCAAGCCGGCGCCGGGCCCAGCCAACGUGCCCACAGAGACCUCGGGCUAUGCAGAGCCGCUCCAGGCGAAGAGACCGGUCUUCCUUAGGGGCGCGGGCGGUGGGGUGGCGCCCCAGAGCGGUGGUGCUGCUCUUCCUAGUGGUGGUGGCACGCAGAAGGGCAUGCCCAAGAUGAAGGACUGGACAUCGUUAGAUGGGGAAAUCAGUGGAGCAAACUGA